ACCGGCGAUUCGUGCACCGCUCCGCGCGGAUUCGGUGCGGCAGACGUACGCGGACGUGACGCGAACCCCCAAAAUAUUCCACUUGUCUUCUUCAAUCACGCCCCCCUCGGCCCUCGCCGACAGCGCGGCAGUGCACGCCCCCUCCUUCCUUUCCUUUCCUUUCCCUUUCCUUCCCUCCCUCCCUCAGGUGGAGAGCCGUAGAGUGUGGAGCAGACGCACCGACACUGGAGCGGGCGCCUCCGAUUCCCCACACAGAGGGUUGCGAAGCACCCGCGCCACCAGAUCGAUUCAUCGAUCACCAGGACUCCCCUUCUCCUGAGCCCGGACCAAAUCGAUCGGCAGUGCCGGACGGACGCCUCGACCCCUCCCGUCCCCGGGCACCACCAGAGGAGAGAGAGAGAGAGAGAGAGAGAGAGAGAGAGAGAGAGAGAGAGAGAGAGAGAGAGAGAGAGAGAGGCUCGAUGGCGGCGUCGUGGGCUGCUCCGCCGCCGGGGUACCCGGCCGGGCACGGGCAGGCGUACGGUGGGCAGCCGCCGGCCGCGCCGCAGCCUCAGGCCGCCACGGCGGUGGCCGUGACCGCGGCGAGCAACGGCGUGGGCAACCCCUACGUGAUGGUCACCCCCGCGGCAACCACCCCGUCCACCUGCCAGACCGUCAUGAAGGCGCUGGGCCGGUACGGCAAGCUGCUGGAGGACGGCACCCGCAAGGCCGCCGACGCCACCGGCAACAUCUGGCACCACCUGCGGACCGCGCCGAACAUGGCGGACGCCGCGGUGGCGCGGCUGGCGCAGGGGACCAAGGUGUAUGCGGAGGGCGGCCACGACCGGAUCUUCUACCAGACGUUCGGCGCCAUGCCCGGGGAGCAGCUCCGCAAGGCCUACGCCUGCUACCUCUCCACCUCCUCGGGCCCCAUCAUCGGCACGCUCUACCUCUCCACGGCGCGCCUCGCCUUCUGCAGCGACAGCCCCGUCUGCUACCAGGGCCAGGGCCCUGCCGGUGCCGGCCAGCCACUCGAGUGCAUGUACUACAAGGUGGUGCUUCCCCUGAGCCAAGUGAAAACGGUGAACCCUUCUUCCAGCAUGCGCAACCGGGCCGAGCGGUACAUCCAGAUCACGACCAUGGAUAACCACGAGUUCUGGUUCAUGGGGUUCGUGAACUACGACAAGGCUCUCAAGAAUCUCUACGAAGCUCUGCAGCACCGCGAUGUCCACGUCCACCGCCACAGCUGAAUGUGCCUCGGUUUGAUCCUGCUACCACUGCACUGUACCUGUACUUCGUUCAUGAUGAACCGUGACAUUCUCUAUCUUGAGCUGCUGUUCUUGAAUAAGACGAACACUGAAAAAUUCUGAUGUGCUUGUGCUACUAA